UGGUUGGACGCCUCGUCUCGUCUCUUUUCGUUCUGCUCGCACCGAAGGCUGGAAAGUUUAUAUCCUCGGAAAGAGCUUGAUUUCGUUGAUUGAUGAUGGUACAUCGGGCAAAUGAAUAAGAUGAUGCUUUUCCAUCUAGCCUGCCCAGGUCUAGAAGUGGUUUUAAUGACGAAAUUUAAUCUUCAACCUGUUCAUCCAACCUUUCUUGAAUUUAUUUCCAGUGCUGUCUUUGAACCACCAUUGUGUCUUCUGCUUCAAAGCUUAUCCGCAAUGGCUUGUGAUAUUGCCUGUUUGGUUGCUGGUGUGACUUUCCUUCUAAUCGCAUUUCUCUUUCUUAUGACGACAAGGAGAAGUUCUCAAGAUAGAAGCAACUCAAAACCCAUAGGAAGACCUGCUCCUGACAGCAAAGCAGUUGUCAGAACGUUUGCCUCGAGAAAAAUUAAGGCGUCACCAGAUGAGGUAUAUUCUGCUAUGAUAGACUACAAAUCGUACCCAAAGUGGUCUUCGUUUGCCAUUUACGAGUGGGAGGACACCAGCGAAGCUAGUGUACCACCGGUUGGGAGCAAAGGUAACUUUAAGGUGCUCGUUGAUGAAGUUACAAGAAACGUUCCCAUCAGAUUAAACAUAUUGGACAUAAAGAACAGAUUGAUCACCGAAGAGAGCAUAUCAUACCCAGCUUGGCUUCUGAAAUCGGAACGUAUUCAGAAGGUUGUUCCACUAGAUGGAGAACCGGUAUUCUGCGAAUAUCGUACACAGCACAAUUUAUUUGGUCUUGCUUCUUAUUACCUACUUCUUACUUCUAGAGGGGAUCUGGAAGAUCUUCAGACGCAAUAUGCAGGAGAACUCAAGUGCUACAUCGAAUCACAGAACUUGUUCAAAGAUUCCAAGAGAUGA